CCGCAGUCUCUUUGGAAACUUCUGCCGAGGGGAAAAGAGCUAGGAAAGAGCUGCAAAGCCCUGUGGGCUUUUUCCUUCUUUUGCUCCUUUUGAUUACUCCCUCCUCUGAUUGCACCCUUCUCCGGACUUCACGCGAAUUUCGAAGAGGUGGUGGCAGAGUGGGAGAAAAAGAGGUGUUAGGGUUUGGGGUGGGGGGGGCUUUUCUCUUUUUUUUUUUUUUUUUUAAACUUCGCAAUUUCAACAUUUUCUCCCACCUCUCUGCUGUAGUCAGCGCCUCUUACCUGGUCCGCAGCAGCCGCGGGCCGCUGGCAGCUGAGGGUUAGAAAGAAGCGGGGUGUCUUAGAUUUAAGCAAAAUUUUUGAAGACAAACCCAUUUUUCUCACCACCCCCCGCCACCCCCUUCUCCACAGCCUCCGAGCUCACUAUUUCGGUGGUUGCUUUGGGGUGAACAAUUUUGUGACUUCUUCCUCUUGCAAUUCUGACCAGAUCCCCUUGGAGGUUCUCCGGCCUCGGCUCACUCCGCGUGCACCUGGCGCGCCUCUUUUUUCGCCCAACCUGUUGCAAGUCUUGAAUCCUUGCAAUAGGGACUUGCUUACAGCCACCUGAAACCUCCUCUCCCUACAUUUUGCAAGUGUCUGGGGGAAGGCACCUGCUCUACCUGCCGGAGAUUUAAGAACAAAAAUCUCCAGGCGCCCUCUUUCUCGUUUCUUCCCGCAAUCUCGCUCUCCUGCCCCGCCCCGAGGUAAAAGGAGACUCGGAGAAGAUGGUGCUCACCACGGUCCUUCUGCUCCUGGCCGCCUGUGUGGGGCCGGCCCAGGGCCUGGGCUCCUUAGUGCACUGCGAGCCCUGCGACGAGAAGGCUCUCUCCAUGUGUCCCCCCAGCCCUCUGGGCUGCGAGCUGGUCAAGGAACCGGGCUGCGGCUGCUGCAUGACUUGCGCUCUGGCUGAGGGGCAGACGUGCGGCGUCUACACUGAGCGCUGCGCCCUGGGGUUGCGCUGCCUCCCACGGCAGGGCGAGGAGAAGCCACUGCACGCCCUGCUGCACGGCCGCGGGGUUUGCCUCAACGAAAAGAAUUACCGCGAGCAAGCCAAGAUCGAGCGAGACUCCAGUGAGCACGAGGAGCCGACUACCUCUGAGGUGACUGAGGAGACGUACUCCCCCAAGAUCUUCCGACCCAAGCACACUCGCAUCUCUGAGCUGAAGGCUGAGGCUGUGAAGAAGGACCGCAGGAAGAAGCUGACCCAGUCCAAGUUUGUGGGGGGAGCCGAGAACACUGCCCACCCUCGGGUCACUUCUGCGUCUGAGAUGAGACAGGAAUCUGAGCAGGGCCCCUGCCGUAGACACAUGGAAGCUUCCCUGCAGGAGCUCAAAGCCAGCCCACGAAUGGUGCCCCGUGCUGUGUACCUGCCCAACUGUGACCGCAAAGGAUUCUAUAAGAGAAAGCAGUGCAAGCCUUCCCGCGGCCGCAAACGUGGCAUCUGCUGGUGCGUGGACAAGUAUGGGAUGAAGCUGCCGGGCAUGGAGUAUGUCGACGGGGACUUUCAGUGCCACGCCUUCGACAGCAGCAACAUUGAGUGAUGCGUCCCCCUCCCUGCAUCCUUCCCCCUCCCACUCCCACCCCCCAAUUCCAGCCAUCGCCUCCCUCCACCCCAGGACACCACUCAUUUCAUCUCAUUUAAGGGAAAAUAUAUAUGAUCUAUAUUUGAGGAAACUGAGGACCUCGGAAUCUCUAGCAAGGGCUCCACUUUGACAAUGACAACAACAGAGGUGCGGACAGAUAAGGAGACACCCCUCCUCCCCUUGAAAGCGGUUUUCUUUUUGAGGCAAGUUGAAUGAACAGAGAAGAGAAAAGAGGAAGAGCAGGAGGGAGAGAAGGGAAGAAAGUGUGUAGAAGAGAGGAGCGAUGGACAGGGUUACAAGAUGGAAGAGAGGAGUGCGGGUGGGAAGGAAAGGGCACAGGAACAGGCCUGGGUCUGUCACUGAGUCCAGCCCUGGCCUAGGCUGGGGAGAGGUUGGGGCGCUAGGCCUGAGAUGUGGCAUUCGAUGACACCCUUGAGUUCUCUUAAUCUGGAUUGGUCAGGGGGAGAAAGGAAAAGACAAAAUGUGUCAGUGCCUCUCUCGGGUCCUUCUCUUUCUCCUGCCACAGUGUGGACGGCUCGACCCCAUUCCUCCUUCCCCUCUUACCCCAGUGGGAUGUUGUUUUUCCCUCAAAGUUACAAAAACUAAAAUGCAUUCCAUUCCUCUGAAAAUAAGGCAAAUUCAUAAUUGAGUGAAAUUAGAUAGGUUUUCCUAAGAAGACCCAUAAAUAUUAAACAUGUAUGCAUUUCACUCCUCUUGCAUAUUCGUAGACAUGAACACAGCCCAUCUUAGAAAGACUCAUUCUUCCCGGUGACCUGAAGCAUUACUUUAGUCCCUCAUAUCAUUCAACUUCCAGCUAGUGCAGCAGCUGUUGUGGAAGAGGAUAGGCUGAAAAAAAAGCCAACUUGUAUCUAUCUACAAGUCUCCCUAUAUAGGCAUAUAAAUCUUUUCUUUCUGUCUGUCUUCUUUCUUCCUUGCUUUCUUUCAAAAGCUUGUAUUACCUCUUCAGAGUAGUUCCUAUGGGGGCACUGAGGAGCUUCCUCAUUCUGGGGAAACUCAUAUUCUCUGCUAUAACUCAUAACACAAGCUGUCCCUGCCUCUAGUCCCGUGAGCAGAGAACUCAGCUCUUUGUGGGCACAGCAAUGGAUUUUUAGUAAUUUCCCACGUGUGUUCACACAUGCCCACCAAGCUGGGUGGGCUCCCAACACUUGGUGGUGUAUGCACCACUCUGCCUGGCUUAUCCCAUUUCGGUCCUCAGAUCCUCCGAAAGUAACUGCCACUGGGUGCCACACCAUUCGAGCCCAACAGGUCUGAGUUUGACCCACUGGUCCUGCCCCAGCCUGUUGGCUUUCAUCUGGACAGCCCUGCAUUUUGCAGAGCAGGAAAGAGGUUGAUGUGAGAGAUGGCAAAGGGAGAUGGUGGGGAAAAGGUUUUAAAAGACGAAAACAAUCAACAGAGUGGCAGGACAGAGGGCCAGAGGAACAGAAAAGCAACAGAGAGAAGGGAAAACCAAUAGAACUUUCCUUGGCUUCCCUCUGCUAUAAGCCCUCUGAGAUUCAAGAGGAAGGAGAGAGAAAAAUGGGGAAUUGGUUGUAAGAUAGAAAGGAGCUCAACCCAGGCCACAGAGCCAGGGAAGGUGAAUAACUUUAGGUGGAUUCUAGAUUUGAGAUGCUGGGUGGGAACAAGAAUCAGCAGACUGGCCAUUCAUUCAAAGGGACAAGAGGAUGUGCUCACCUUCAGCCCACCACAAGGGACUGAAGCCAAAGGAUCUUUCAAGUUCUUCAUCCGUUCUGGCCAGUCCAUGCUUCUUCCCUGGGGUGAAGGAGGGAGGAAGGCCCAGGAAAACCCAGGAACAGAUGCUUCAAGAGUGCUGUCAUUUGGCAGCCGGAGUCCGAUCCAAAAGAAAAAAUCCCACUCUCUGCUGACUUCCUCAACCUGGGGGUGACCUUAGGACUGCCCUCUAAGAUAGAAGAUAGCCUGCCGGGAAAGGGGACUUGGACAUGGGGCAAGGAGACUCUUUCUUGCUGUGGACAUACCUUUUCCCACUCUUUCUUGAUGGCAUGACACAGUGGAGGCCAACUCCAGCACCAAACUUGGGGCCACGAAGAGGGACAGCAAAAUAGCAAAUAUACUUCAAGGAAUGGAAACGCAUUGCUAUGACAGUUGGGGAUGUCGGCUUCUCCCCUGGACAUCUAUGGCUGUACAGUUGGCUGGGGAUGGGAGAGGUGGUUGAUCUUCAUGAGACAAAGGGCCAUUGGUGAUGAAGCAGGAAGGACUCACUGGACCUGUGGGCCAGUGCACUCCAACUCUGCACAAAUGUCCCCAGCCCUGAACUCACACUUCUCUCUGUCUUAGGCCAGUAUCCAAAAUCUUCCUUCAGCCAUUCUUCUUUUGCAUCUUGAGCAGUCAUCUAACUAGGAGCUGCCAAGUGGAUACUGGGGUGCCAUCCCCCUAUGAAAAGACUGAGCCAGGAGCGGCCUACCCUCCACUCCUCCGGGCAUGGACCUGAUCCCUAAGAAGGGCUCUCUCUUUCCCCCACUGUUUGCUGGACCUUGACCUGGCCUCAGCCCUUACACAGGCUCUUUGCUGUCAGCCACAGGUGGAAGAUGGUUUAAGCUGCUGCCAGACUCUUCAGGCUCCCCAAGCUCAUAUCUACUAACCCAAAGCUGUGCGUCGCUCCACCGCUUGCAGAAGGUGUGUCUGGGAAGCUGGCCUCUCCUAGAGAAAACUGGACCUUUGGUGACAGAUGGGACUAAACCUCCCAAAUGAAAGGUCUGACUGAGCCCAGAGUAGGGAGACAAUGGGGGGAGCCAUGGAAAGAAGAGAAGCCAUCGCCCCCUUGGCAGCAGCGAGAGAAAGUGAGCCUGCAACGGAGUGAGCACGUGGAGUCGUGAGCUCAUUGGCUCCAGUCAGGCCUUUGGCCACCUCUCAGCUCCCCUAGAGGCCUCAGUCGGGGGGCAUCUAUGGCUGCACCUGCCCCCACCCCUACCCCCAUGGGAGGCCUCCCCUCACCCCCUUUGACUCAUCCCUCACUCUGCAGUAGAAAAGAUACCUCUGUCUUCCCCCACUACUGCCAGGUAACGGAGGGAGGCCCAGCCAGGACUGAUCUUCCUCCCCCAGCCUGUCCUGACCCGCCAGGCAAACCAGGACACCUGGAAGGGAGAGAGACUCAAAUAUUUCUCUGACAGCCAGGCCUAGACAGGCCUGGGGACAUCAGCCCCACAUGGGCGAGGGCGGGAGGCUUGGGAGGCCCUCUGUGGUCACCCUCUUCUCCCCUCACCCCAUCUUCUCAGUGCCUCCUCUGUCUCCAUGGUAACCCUGUGGGGCUACCCUCCUCCUACCACCAGGUCCUCAGCGACACAGGGGCUGCCAAGGCAACUGCCACGCCCCUCCCUGUGGUGGGGCCCCACCCCCUCCCUCUGUCAGCUCAGAAGCCUAGAAGGCUCCAGUUCCGAAUGUGGGCUUGAGAGGGAGUGGGCCAGAGAAGAGAGAGCCUUUAGCCUCAGAGAGGAGCCUCUGGCUUCUAAGGGAAGGAGGCUGUUUUGAGACAGGGAAGUGAGGAGGAUUUCAUCCAACAGCAACCUGAGUGUUGCAUCGUCUUUAUUUUUAAAACCACUAAAGUGCAAGAAUUAUUUUGCACUGUUUCUCCACUUGUUUCUUUCUUUCUUUCUUUCUUUCUUUCUUUCUUUCUUUUAGGUUAGAGUUUCUUUUUGAAAACAUGCUUUCUUGGUUUUCUGAUGGAGUACAUAGUUUAGCCAUGGCACAGACUCUGGCCCUCUUCUCCUUAAAUCCUUCCGGAUGGGGAAAGGGAAGGUGGGAGGGACAGAGGGGAAGGGGACCCCAGCCACCCUGCUCCCAUGCACCCUGCUUCUCUGGUCCCUGGUCACCAGCCUCACCCCAUCCACACCACCACCACUGCCACACAGUAGCCCCCAUGGAUAGCACAGUGGUCAGACAAGAUUCCUUCAGAUUCCGAGUUGCCUACUGAUUGUUUGGGGUAGUUUUUCUUUUAAAGACAGCAAUAACCACCGCACAUAUUACUGUAGUUCUUUAGUAGGGUUCCAUACAGGCAUACCAUAGCUCUGUUCUCUCCUCUUUUUGGUUUUCAACUAAAAAAAAUAAAUGCUCAUCUUUACUGGUGAAAAGGAUGGAAAAAUAAACCAACAAACAAAACAGUUUGUGAAAAAAAAAAAAAGCAGGAAAAAAAAUCACCUGAAUGCGGAAGAGCUCGGCUCCUGUUUGGUAUUUUGUACUUAAGGAAAUAAAAAGAAAAAAAAACCCAGAGGAUCUCACGUUUUAUUAAAAAGUGAAGAUUGCUGUAUACUAUUUAUUCAACUUAUAAUUUAUGUUACUCCUUGAUCUUUGUCUUUUGUCAUGACAAAGCAUUUAUUUAAUAAAGUUAUGCAUUCAGUCA